AUGCUGGCUCUCGGAUGCUCGUUGAAUCUCAAGCUGCAACCAAAUUCAAGCAUGAGCCAAGAUUCUAUUUACGGCUACUACAUUGAGCACGACGCCCACCCUGAUCCUCACGACGACGGCGCGAACCUCGCCGGCCAGCAUCAGCACUACCUUCAGCCGCCUUCUGGUCGCUUUACCGAAGAGUGGGACGCCAGCCAGCGCGGAAGCUCCAUCAUAGACGGCCACAACCCCAACAACAAGCUCGCCAUGCAGCGCACUGCCUCCAUCAGUAGCUAUGCUGCUGGCGACGACGUCAAUUUGCCCAUCAGAAACGGCAAUAUCCUCAGGAAGAAGAGCUCCAUUCGGCGCACCGGCAGUCUCGGUCGCAGCGCCAGCCGUCGCAGCAACAGGGCUGGCAGUGUCCGCAGCCUGGCUCUCCAAUCCUCUUCAGACCGCGAUGAGGGCCACAGCGCUUUUUAUUGCCCCGUCCCAACCUCUGGCAACCCCACCAUCGUUCUCGCAGAGAGAUUCCAGACCUGGAGAAAGUAUCUCAAGGAUUUGAUUGCCUACUUUCGCGAAAUUCAGAGUCACUAUGAGCAGCGCGCCAAGUCUCUAACUAAGCUCGGCAAUGCUGUCAACAGUGUUCCCACUCCGGAAAGCUUCCUCAAGUCUGCCGGUCUUGACGAUGCAUUGCAGCUGCUUCGCUCAUACAAUAGAACUGCCGUUCAAGAAGCGCAAAAGGCCAGGGACAUCGAAGAGGACGUCGUUCUCGCCCUUACCGGCCUGCGAAGCGAUCUGCAGCAAAAGAUCAAGGAAAUCAAGCAGCUCUCUGGCGACUUUAAGAACUCUGUGGAGAAAGAGAUGAACGCCACCUCCAAGGCCGUCAGCGCCCUCGCGGAUGUCCUUGAUAAAAAUGAGGCCGACUCCUCUUCGACUACUGGCAAGCAAGAUCCCUUCCUUCUCCGCCUCGCCGUCGACCGUCAGGUCGAGCGCCAACUUGACGAGGAGAACUAUUUGCACCAGGCCUACUUGAACCUUGAAGGCUCCGGCAGAGAACUCGAGUCCAUUGUUGUUGGUGAGAUUCAAAAGGCCUACAACGCCUAUGCUGGCAUUCUCAAGCGAGAGGCCGACAACGCCGUCAGUGUUGUCGGUGAGCUGCGCGAUGGGCCGAUUGCCAUGCCCAAGGACCAAGAAUGGAUCCACUUUGUCACGCACGAGGAUCAAGUGGUGGAUCCCACGCUGCCUCUGCGUGCCCCCGACCAGAUUCACUACCCAGGCCAAGACCACUUGUCCGCACAGGAGAUUCGUGCUGGACUGUUGGAGCGCAAGAGCAAAUACCUCAAGAGCUACACAGCCGGCUGGUAUGUUCUCUCUUCUACUCACCUGCAUGAAUUCAAGUCGGCAGACAAGGGCCAAGCGCCGGUCAUGUCGCUCUACCUGCCCGAACAGAAAGUCGGAUCUCGUUCGGAGGGCGGCAGCUCCUCCAACAAAUUUAUUCUCAAGGGACGUCAGACCGGCGGCAUGCACCGCGGCCACACGUGGGUUUUCCGCGCCGAAAGCUACGAUACCAUGCUAGCCUGGUAUGAGGACAUCAAGGCUUUGACUGAGAAAUCUCCCGAAGAACGCCACCAAUUCGUCCGCACCCACUCCAGAAGCCUCAGCCGCUCCUCGCGCCGCUCGGCAAGAUCCGCCAGUAGCGACGGACUCGAUGACGAGGACGAGGAACCCUUUACAGGCGGCCAAGUCGACACUAAUCCUGCCGCGCGUGCGGAUGCGGCUCCCAGACGACCCGAACCAGGUGGGCGGUUUCCAUCCGAUCUCCAAGUCAUGACGCAGCGCGGCUUACACGCGCCUCAAUCGCCCUCUAGCCUAAGUUCUGGUGCCCAGGAUGAUCCAUCGGAUAUCCACGUGAUUGCCGCGGCGGGCGCCUUGCCAGGAUCCCAUCAACCUCCUGACGGCGCUUACCAAGACAACUAUGGAUACGGCGGCAAGUCCGGUUAUUGCCCGAUGAUGGACGACGUGUCGUCUCAGGCGGCCAUCGCUCACCAGGAAGCGCAGUAUGAUGGUAUCAACCCUUAUACCAGCGAGCCGGUGCAGCAGCGAGAGGCGGAGGGCGAUUUUCUAGGUGGGGGACAUGACGUAGUCCCAGUUGUAGUUGCAGAUACCCCAGUCCAUGGUGACGGCCCGGAGCCGCACCAGGCGACUUCCGACGCUGCUGCGGCAGUUGAUUCAAACAAAGCUCUUGAUGCCAGAACUUAUACCUUGCCAGGCGUCAGCGACGAACAAGUCAAGACCGUCUCGGCCAGUGCGGCUGCGGCAGCGAUUCUCGACGCGGAGGUAGUACCCAGGUCGGAAAUUGUCGCCAGUUCUGAGACACCCGCAGCUAUUCAAAACAAGGCUCUGCAGGUCGUUCCCGAGGCAGAGGCAGCUGACCACGUCACACCUCUGGAGACGCCCCUCAGCGAAGACGUUCCCAGGCCUUCCAUCAGGCCUGAGGAUCACCGAACCGACAGCAUUAUAACCAUUUCCAACCUCAACAUUCCCGGCCGCUUCCCCAAGACCUCUACGACUGAUGGAAACGCUACCAACGCUGUCGCAUGA